AUGGGUCCAUCAACCGAUUGGGAUGAAAUAAAAAGAUUAGCUGCUGACUUUCAAAAAGCUCAGCUUAGCUCUACAUCUCAAAGGUUAUCAGAAAGAAAUUGCAUAGAAAUUGUAUCGAAAUUGUUGGAACUUAAAUUAAUAGAAGUUAUAUUUACAAGUGAUGGUAAAGAAUACCUAACUCCACAACAUUUGAUUAGGGAAAUAACAGAUGAGCUGUAUGUAAGGGGUGGUAGAGUCAAUAUUGUGGACUUGGCUAAAGAACUAAGUGUUGAUCUUAAUCAAAUUAAUAUUAAUGUCAUUGACAUUAUAAAAGGGAAAGAUGUCCAACUUAUAUCUGGAUACUUAAUAUCAAACAGUUAUAUAGAGAAGAUAGCCAGAGAAAUAAAUGAAAAGCUUCAGUUGCAGGGUCAAAUAUCAGUAGAUGAACUGACACUCCAAUAUGACCUACCCGCAGAUUUCCUGCAGCAGAGUGUUCUAGAAGCAUACUUGAAUGAAAUUAUAAUUGGAAAGCAAGAUCCAUCAGAACCCAGAACAUUUUAUACUGAGGAGUACAUAACAAGAACAAAAGCUAAAAUUAGAGGAGCUGUUAUGGGACUUUUGAAGCCUACACAAAUUAGUAUUAUAAUAGGACAAUGUAAUGUUGCAGAAAGAUUAUUUAUGAUGCUUUUUGACCAAUUGAAUGCCCCAGGUGUCUUAACUGGACGUUCGGCAAGUGCUCUUUAUGUACCAUCUUGUUAUACAAAAGCCCAAAAUGAAUGGGUCAUGAGUUUUUGGAAACAAAAUAAUUAUUUGGAGUAUGAUGCAUUGCAACGACUCGGUAUAUCAGAUCCUAAAGGGUAUAUUAAGAAAGUUAUACAGGAAGAAGAUAUAACAUUCCUAAGUAGUUGUAUUUUGGGCUCUCAAAUUAAACAACAAAUUGAGAGUGCACUAGAAGAGUGCAUUGCAUCUAAAACAUAUUUAGAUGUUGUAAGUUUAUUACCAUCCGUCCUCUCUGAUAAAGACAUUGAAAAUGUGCUUGAGAUUCUACUCAAGAAUAAUACAAAAUCAACAGUUUUAUUUGAUAAUACUGUGUUCAGUCAUCAUUUUGUUGAAAACCUCAAGCAAGAUUGUAUGCCAAUUACUCAGUCUAAAGCUGAAGCUGUUGUGAAGUCAGGAAAAUUUCAACAAUUUUAUUUGGAGAAGCAAAUUGCUAAGACUGAGUUACUUCACAUACAGACAGACCAUAAAACAGAAAAGCGAGAAGAACGUAGAAGAAAAGCAACAAGUGGUAAAGGUGGUGGUGGUACCCAGGGAAGGGAAACUAAAACCAAAGCUGUGAAAAAGCAUCCCAGAUCAAAGCAAGUUGUCCAUGAAUCCGAUUCAGAAGAAGAUGUGUCUUCUAAGAAAGCUACAGCCCAGCUGGAGAUUAUUUCAUUAGAAGAUGUUGUGAACAUUAUAAAGAAAACAUUGGAAAAUGAAGGCUUAGAAGACUUGGUCCACCAGAUUGCUGAGUAUCUGCAAGGAACUUUAAAUGAAGCAGCUAUAAUCAUAGCAAAGGACCUUGCUGCGAAAUUACUUCAAAACACAAAUCAGAAUAAGAAACAAACACACUCAUCCGCCCAAGAUAAAAUUAAUGUUCUUAUAAAUGAUAUAAAGUUAUAUGAGAAGGGUCUUAAAUUGUUUCCUGUUGAUCAGCAAGCAGCAUUUAUAAAAUAUUUGUUGAAAACAUUUGGAGCCGAUAUUUUGGGUGAAUUCUGCAAGUAUGCGGCAAAUCAGUCCAACAUUUCAGUUCAAGUUGAUGAGUUAUCUGCAGAACAGAGGAAUAAAAUAAUAAAUGAUUUACCUGAAGAAUAUAAGAAGCCCUUACGAGCAUUGAAUGCUACUUUGUUGGAUACUUUGGACCCAUUUUAUCAAGCUGUUGAUGUAUGUUUGUCAGAGUGUGGCAUGAUAUUGAAGAAAGUCAAUAAAAAAGAAGAUAAAUCCCUUAUUCUAAAUCAUAGAGAAAAAUUGAUAUCGGAACUAGAAAACUGUGAUGAUCCUGCUUUAGUACUGCACUUAGCUGUUCUGGCAAUAUUUACUAUACUACAUCAAAAUAUGUUGCAUGCUUCUGGGCGACAGGUUCCAUCCAUUAUAUGUUUCUUAAAGACUCAGUUGAAGGAUGAAGAUUAUUUAAAAUUACAUCAUUAUCAUGAAUUGGUAACAAAGUUUUUGGUUGCACCUGAAGAAGAAAAAAGUGCCCUUGAGGAAGACCUUAAAGAUAAUCUACCGGUUAUAAAAAAAUUAGUCUUUGAAGUGAAGAAAUAUAAAUAA